AUGUCAAUGAACGCUAAUCAGGACUCCGUUGUGCGUUACUUGGUUCAGUACCAGGAACAUCUACUGAUGGAAGACACCGAUGAAUCAGCUGGACUUGUUGAUGAGAGAAUCAAUGUAGGUGAAGAUGGGGUUUCCGACUUUGACUCAUUCAUUUUUGACGAGAUACCCAGUUAUGGAAACAUUGACCCCACUCACUCGCCAUUCUGCUUUUCCGAGCACAAGACGUGGUCAUUUGCUGAUAGUGUACAUGACGAUAGUGCCGUGAACGUAUCGAACGAAGGUGGCAGUAUCAAUCGUCCCGUUCAUCACGAAGAACACCCCUAUGCGAAACCAGCCGGAAAGUCGUCGCGUCGUGGUCGCCCCGAGAAAGUUACCAGUACAUCGAGUUCGGUCCACUAUUCGAGGAAGUACCGACAGCGGCAGAAGAAUGAGGUGCUCACAUGUAAGGCAGAGCUUGGGAGGUUGACUGAGGAGAACAAGUUCCUUUGUGCUGAGAAUAGACGUCUCACUGCGAGAUUUUCUCGACUAAAUGAGAGCGUUGAUGGUGUGGGAAAUAUGGUCGACGGACACGCAUGUACUUGCCGAGAUACUUUGCCGACUCUACAUUUUUGCGGGUUUUCUAAUGACAAAGAUUCUACCGACGAUGUUUCUGAUGUCCGUAGUUCAAUCCCGCACUAG